GCAAAGUGAAAAGGCUGAAAUCCCAACAACAAGACAAAGGGCAUAGUGCUGCCUUGCAAUAUUAUUUUAACUAUAUUCCUGUGCUUUUUGUGCAGGAUUAUUAUAAAAAUGGAUUUAUUGUAUCAAUUACUUAACCAGGAUACAUUUUUGAUUUAUAGAUGAUACAAGGCCAUGACUAUUUGUCAAUGAAAGAGACUGAUUUUUUAUGGGCAUCAACCAAAUCAUGCAGACAAAAACAAAUGAUUUAUGGCAGCUGAUAAAUGAAAGCCGCAAAGAACCGCCCAUCAACCGAACAGCGAUUUCGUCACAAAAUGGCGGCGACAACGAUCUCGCCGUCAAAAGUCGUAUCAUGUUCACGUUCCCCCCUCCUCCAUUCCUCACCACAACCGCGACCAAAAAUUCGCCCACGACCCAACUGCUGGUUCGCACCAAAAGUCGCACUAAAACCGAAUGCUGUACGACGACCACCUUCUCAUCACCCAGCGACCCGUUUCUGGGUUGCGACCCGUUUUUGGGUCGCAGAAGUGAGCCGAUCCUGAGUCAUGACGCGUUUUCGGGUCGCAGUGAUUCGGCGACUGAUCCGUCAGAGGAUACCGAGGAGACAACUACGACGUCUGACAGCCAGCAGGAGUGUGAGAGGGUGACGAGGGGAAGGAGCUGUAGGAGUGGGGGUGAUAGGGGAGGGGGGAAGGUGAGGGUGAGGGCGCGAAGGGAGGGGAACAGUAGUGAUUGCGCCAGUCCUAGGCUGUUGCCGCCAAUCGGUGUCUUCUGGGAUAUUGAGAAUUGUCAGAUUCCACGAGGCAAAUCGGCGCUGACAGUAGCGCAGGCAAUCAGGGACAAAUUCUUCGCCGGCUACAGGGAGGCCGAGUUUGUGGUUGUGUGCGAUGUCAAAAAGGAGACACCGCAAGUUGUACAGGAGCUAAAUGAUGCUCAGCUUAACCUGAUCCAUGUUGGAUCGACAUAUAAGAACGCUGCUGACGAGAAGCUGCGUCAGUCGAUGCGGCGGUUCGCCGACACUCACGGCAGUUCGGCUGCCAUUGUACUUAUAUCGGGCGACGUCAACUUCGCGCCCGAUCUCAGUGAUCUUAGACAUAGGAAAAAAAUCUACAUCAUAUUGGUGCAUAACGAUUCUGUAUCAGAAACGUUAAUACUUAACGCCGAUGAACAUCAUAGUUUUCAACUGCUUGUAAAAGCACUGCCUAUCAGAAAUAUACCAACUAAGCCGACAUUCCAAAGCUACGAAGUGCUGGUAACUAAUCUGCCAGCCAACCGUGAUCCGUCUAAAGUGAGGGGGAGGCUAAAGCGGCUGGCUGAGAACUGUGGGGGGAGGGUGGGUUAUGUGAUGGGGUUGCAAACUACCCUUAGGUUUCCGUCGCUUGAAUUCGCUCUCAGAGCCAAAAAGAGAAUUGAAGGUGAAACAGUAUUCGGAAAUACAAUACGAGUUGGCUACCCUCAACCUGUAGAUAAUAACCCCAACUCUCCUAUGAAAUCGCGUUUUGUAGGUGGACAGCGUAAGAAGACAGAAGAUACAAUGCACUAUCAACCAGCUGUUGUCCAGUACGUGACUCCUUUUCCGUGGGCGCCAUCCAAUGUAUCACUUGUCAACAUGUACGGAGCAAUGCCAAUCCACCCGUCGGCCAUCGGGCCGCCGCCUCCGCCCGCUCUGCCGGGCUGCCAAGACCUGCCGGGUAUCCAGCAGCCGCCGCCUCCGCAGCUCAUGUGGGGUGGUGGAGGAGGCGGAGGAGGAGGGGAUGCGAUUCAGAAUGGCCCCGGACCCGGAGCAAAUUGGCGGGAACCAAACGGAGGCAACACGGCGAAUUGGCGGGAAACGAUCGUUCAAAAUGGCGGCGGCAGUUGGCGGGAGCCGGUGCAAAAUGGCGGCGGUUGGCAGCAGUGGAAUGGUGGGCAGAGGGGGAGGCCAAUACUAGGCUCGUCCCAAAACAGUGAGAAACGGGGCAGUGUGUGGGUGCCGCCGCCCGGCAAUGCGCAUGUCGACCAUACCUAUUCAACAUCAGCAAACGGCAAUACGACAGACGAGAGUAGCACGUCAGUGGUGGGGGGUUGGGGAGUUGCCAAGGGGUUGCCGCCUCCCCCCUCCAUAUCACCUGUCCUACCUGCCGUCACUCUGCCUGCUAACUGGCAGUGGCAUAAUAAGUCUCAAAAUGGCGGCACAAACAGAAAGUGUCGCACACCGUCGCCAUAUUUGUCGAGUACAGCAGCCACCCCGAGCCAGCAUCGGGCUUACAGUCCCUACACGCACAGUCACAGUGACAACGAGAGAUCGUUGAAUACAUCUAGUUCAGGGCCAGUGGAACUGCAAGUCACAAACUUGGAUCAGAGCAUUGAUGUUGUCGAAAUGAAGAAGAUCCUUAUGUCUCUCUUCCAGGAGCAUGUCAUGGUGUUGCACGUGGCAGUGUUUGUUCGUUCGGGAGGCAGUUUGGCGGCGGUGGUGCGCGUCGGCUCACAGCAGGGUGCGCAGUACGCCAUAUCGCAGCUGCACCGGCGCAAGGUCGGCCAGAAGCGCAUCAUGAUAUCCUAUGCGCGCGCACCAUCGCCACACAAUCCAAAGGUGGUCAGAUCGCAGGUGGCCAGCCUGCUGCGUGAGGUGCCCGGCCACCAGCUGCCUCUGUUCAAGUUCCGCGAAAUGUUUGAGAGUCGAUACAUGAACUCGAUCAGUGCGUCGGACUUGUAUCGCAUGCACGAUGUCUGCACGAUCACCGAAUCGGUCAACGGGCGAACGAUAUCAUUGAACAUCGAACAUCGUGCUUCGCCUACGCCAUCGGUGGGCUCUAAUGGAACUCAGGACCAAUCAACUGCCGGCAUCCUGGUGUGCACCCAACAUGCGAAGACAGUGCGGGGGGUGGGUGAGGGGGGCUCGGAGGUGGAGGAGGAGAGGGGUUGGGCCGAGCAAGAGGCACCCGGCCUGCCCUGUCUCAGGGUGCCGCUGCCUGAGUUCAGUGCACGUCUUCUCGCACUGCUGCAUAGUCACAACAAUAUGCUGCCGCUGGCAAGUUUUUGCGAUUGCUACGAGGCCCAGUUCGGCUCGAUUCUGUUGGACGAGACAGGUGUGCCACUUGAGCACCUGGUCACGUGUGUGUCAGGAGUGCAGAUCAAGCUCAGCGAGUCCAAUGCCAAGUACCUCUGCGCCACGCCCAAGAAUGAGAUGGCUCAUGCCGACAACAACGAAGAUAUGGACAGUAGCGUGAGCGGAGCGAAUGCGCUGAAAGGCACAGUGAGUCCGCCACUGGCCUACAACCUGCUGAUAUUCAGCCGGGAGCUGGUGGACUUGUUGCGCAACCAGCCACGAUGCAUGUUGUCGUUCAACAAGUUCAUCCCCAGCUACCACCACCACUUCCACCGCCAGUGCCGGGUCGCCGACUAUGGAUUCACGCGGCUCAUCGAUCUGUUCGAAGCCUUGCCGCAUAUUGUGCAGGUACUGGGCGACGGCAACAAGAAAAUGCUGACGCUGUCGCACCGCUCGCAGAUGCGGCGGUUCACGAGCGACCUGCUGCGUCUGCUGAAGCUGCAGCCGAACAAGGUUGUGAAUGUGAACGAGCUGCUGGCCAUGUUCGAGAAGAGCUGCGGCCGGCCGUUCUCUGCGCCCGACUACGGCCUGUGCUACCUGUCCGACCUGCUCAGUCAGCUGGUCGAGAACACGGUCAUCAUCAGCCAUGACGCCAGCAACACCUACAUUGCCAUUCCCAAGCGCGAGCAGACCAGGGAGGAGCAGGAGCGCACCAAGCUGUUUGCUCAGGAGGUUAUCGAAUUGCUGAGUUUGAGCAGACAGUGCACGAUUAAGUUUGAGAAGUUCAUUCCAGCGUACCACCACCACUUCGGCUACCAGUGCAAGGUUGCUGAUUUCGGAUUCACCAAACUCAUCGAGUUGUUCGAGGCUAUUCCUCAGGUCGUCAAGAUAGAAGAGGACAGCGAUGGCGAGCGAGUGGUGACGCUGGUGAACGACGUGAAGCUGAAGGUGCUGGCCGACCAGGUGUCCGAUCUGGUGCAGAGUCGAUCCCCCCCCGGCCUGCCCCUCUCUGGGCUGGUGGCCGCCUUCCAGUGGCAGUACGGCUACUCGCUCAAGCCGGCCGACUACAACUGCCACGACAUCAACCAGCUCAUCACCAAGCUCCACUCUCACGUCAAGCUGCAAGAACUGGACUCAGGGCCGACUCUGGUGCUGGUGGACCACCAACGCCUGUGCAACAUGUCGCUGCGUGUGUGGCGGGUGCUGAUCGAGGCGCCCAAUGGCAAGCUGAGCUGGGCGGACUUUGAGAAGCGCUACAAGGCGCUCUACAAGCAGUCCUGCAGUCUCGAUAUGCUCAGUCGCCAGCUCAAUGACACUGUCAAUGUAAUACGCGAUAAGGAGGUGUUUGUGCAGCUGACCAGCCUGAAGCUGUUCGCCCUGGAGGUGUACCGACUGCUGAGCGCAUCCGAGGGACGCAUGGCCGUCAACUGCUUCGAGGCCAGCUAUGCGCGCUGUUUUGGCAGCACUGUGCAGCCCAGCCUGUACGGGUGUGCCAACCUUAUAGCACUGCUGCAGGCCAUUCCGCAAUUUGUCAUCCUGCGCGGCAAGGGGCCGAAACGCCUCAUUCUGCUCAACAAGGCAUUGGCUGUUGCUGGUAUAACACUGCCCUGUGGAUUAAUAAGGAAUCCGAUUAGAAGCAGUUCUGCGUGUGAAUUAGAAAAUAGAGGUCCUCAACAACCAUGGCCCGCCCCUCCCUCAGAAGCUUUGAGUGGAUUGCGCUUUCCUCAGAGUGAUAGUGAAGCGAAACCUCAAGAUGAUGAAGAGAUUUGUGAGGGUGAACCGUUUACACCGAAAAAAGAGUGGAAAACGACAUGGCCGAACUUCAAUAGAGCUCAAGAGUCUGGUGGAAAACAGUCGUUCGUGGUGCACCUGCCAAAGUUCACCACUCCGCCACCGCUGCUCGAUUCGCUAGUGUCGCCCUGCAAGUACCUGCUGCCGGCCAAUGGCGGACUCUGGCCCCGCCCCCUUCCCCCCGACCCUUCCCAACUACCAAUGCCCAAACUGUAUCUGGAUGAUAGCACCACUAUUCCAACGAGUGACAAGAAAAGCCCGGCACCUGCACCACAAGCCACUACUGCCACACUGCCAACUGAAGCUGACCUGGUGCAAGACAGCGAGGGCUCUUGCUCGGGGUCUGAGCUGAAUGUCACCGACCAGGCCAAUGUCAGCACCACUAGCACUGGCAGCAAUGUUAGACGUAAACUACGUCUGGCCGCACAUUUUCAAACUCCUUUGGAGUGAACUAUUUUUUGUACUUUUUCUACUAAGUCUACCAGAAACUUUAAGUCAAUUUUUAAUACACUUAGUUUGUAAUGGAUGUUUUCUGUACUAGAGUCCUAUUUCGAGCGAAAAUAGCAAAAUGGUUUAUAAAGUACAAUUUCCUUUUUCAAGUUUCCAUCCUAGAUAUAAAAUGUUUUCAAAAUAGUUGAUAUUGUAGUCAUAUUCUAGACUAUCAACUAUUCUGAAAACAUUUUUUGAUCGAGGUUUGCUGAACAUAGAAUGUCUAUGAUGAAAACCUUGAAAUAGGGAAUAAUAGUGUAGAGUGUAUGUACCUUAUCAACAGUCAAUCAAUGUUUCCAUCAUAAUUUAGUCUCUCUAUAUACAAUUUUUGCCAUGUUGGAUCUAUGUUUUUAGAAUAAUUAGUACCUAGUGUACUGGACAAUUAUUUGAAUUUUCUAUCAUAUUGCUAUUGUCGAUUUUAUUUUGUUCAAAGCUU